AAUGGAGCCCACACCACCAUCCUUGACUUCGUGAGUAUCUCUGUUUGCUCUCUACCUUUCGACCCAUAAGUAUCACCCUGUCAGACUGGGACAGAUUCAGAAAGAACUGAAUGCGAUUUUAAAUGAGCGAUAUCAGGGUAUCUUAGAAAAUCAAGAAAUCAAAGAUAAAACUUUCAACGAAAAUGAAGACCACAUUUUGAAAACUGUCAAUGAGCUAUUAUUAAAGUAUGAAGCAAAAGAAGAGGAGAGGAAAAUGAAAUGAGAAUAUACCACCCAAACUUGUUCUUCAGAAGAACUCCAAAUCCACCAUCAAUCCACUGAACUCCACACAAAAUCCGAAAUCUUCCGCAAUAUAACAGGCUCACUCGCUGCUCUAAACCAUUUGACCACCUUAAACCUCUGGCUAGACGACAGUGGCCCCAAAAACUUCAUCCAAAAGACCCUUCCUCUUACCCCUCUCUAUUCCCUAAACCUUCAAAAUUACCCUAAGAACCCUAAAAUCACAUCUAAUCUGCUUCAAAUCUCUUUUCCAUGCAGCACAAAAACUCUUGAAAUUAAUGCUAUUGCUAAUAUGAAGCUGUGAAGUAUUCAAAGACAUCUUCCGAGUAUUUUAAGAGUAAGUCCAAGAGUCUGAGAAAGCGUUAUUCUAGGCGAGUUUACAAUAAACCAAUCUCAGCUAAAACGAAUUUUCUCAGCUUUUAAGGGUAAGAAGAAGUUGAUAUUUCAACAAUGAGAAUUUUUGUUUCAAGGCGUUCCUGAUUUUGAUAAAGCUUUGAAAAAUACAUUUAUUAGAACACUAGGAUUGAUUGGUUGGAAAGCUAGAGAUACUGAGGGCUGCAAAAGUAAACCAGAAAAGCUUAUCGACUUUAUGAAAUCUAUCUCCCAAUCAGACCUCAAAAACACACUUGAAGAGGUAUCUUUCGGAUUCUGUGGCCUCCAAGAAGACCUCGUCUCCCAAUCAUUUACUCAGAACACCCUCAACCACAUCAGAUUCCUAGGCUAUUUCGAUAAAGAAGACUAUUCUGACGAUUACUAGCCCUCUUCCUUAUAAUUUUUCA